AUGAAUGCAAAACUAAGUUCUUUAGUUAUAAAAUUUGGUUCCUUUUUGGUAAAUUCACGAGCAUUUUCUUGUUUGAGCAAAAACCCACUUUGUAAUACUUAUUAUAUAUUGAUUAGUACCUUCAAGUCUGCAACAUGUUCGACGAUAAGCCAAACCCAAGUUGAAACUGUAUCAGGGGAUGGUGUAGAGCAACCGGCUAACUCGGUUGAAGUUUUGAGGAGAUAUGGUUGUAGCGAUGAUGAUAUAGAGAAGAUGUUAUUGCGAAGGCCUGCUUUGCGCAAUGCCAAUCUUUCCCAGCUUCAAUCCAAGCUAAGUUUACUUUGGGAGCUGGGUAUAACAUCGAAUGACCUUGUUAAGAUUAUUAAUUGUCGCCCACGAUUGCUUAGUGUUCGCAUAAAUCAUUUUUUUGAUGAGCGUCUGGAGUAUUUUAUGACCUUGUUUGGAUCAAGGGAAUUGCUACUCAAGGCCAUUAUUAGAAAUCCUUCGCUCUUGACGAAUGAUUUCCAUAAUAGGAUUAAACCUGUCAUUGCACUAUAUGAGGGAAUGGGUAUUGGUAGAGAGGAUUUGGUUCCCUUGCUCUUGUCACGGCCUACUUUGAUUUCGCGAACUUCCUUUAAUGAUGAGAAGAUGGAAUGCAUACGCAAAAGUGGGGCUUCCAAGGAGUCCAAUAUGUUUAAACAUGUGGUUUGCAUCAUUGGUAUCUCAAGGAAUGAGACCAUCUGUGAGAAGGCAGCAAACAUAGAGAAGUUUGGGAUGUCGAAUGAAGAAGUUUGGCUUCUUAUUGGUCGUAGCCCCUAUCUCUUGACACUAUCUGUUGAUAAGGUUCAAAGGAAUAUGACGUUUGUAGUGGGCACAUUGAAGCUUCCAGCAAAUGUGAUCCUUGAGCACCCAUUUUUGCUUUACAAUAAUCUGGAGGCUGUGUUGAAGCCGCGAUGGCUUCUUGCUGGGAAGAUAGAGGAGAUGGGUCUUUGUCCGAGAAUUAAAGGUUCAUUGAUGUUGAGGGCACUGAGGAUGGCAGAAAAGCGAUUCUUGAAGGCAUUUGUUUCAUGCCACCCUGAUGAUGUUGCUAAAGAGUUGAUGGAGUUCUAUAUAAAGGCAAAAUGUGUCAAGCGGCUGGCUGAGGGAUCGAAGAAGGAAGUGUUUAGAGGAUUUCCUUUCUAA